GUGGAGUAGUGAUCCAUCUUACAUGUGAUGUUAGUAACCACUAAUUUAUUUUUCUUUCAAAUUUUGCAAACAAUAUAAUAUUUGCGUGCUUCAAUGUGAGUCGGAAUAGGAAUAGGAAUAGGAUGAGGAUGAAGGCUAUUGUUCCGAAUUCCGGCAUAACUCAUCUGACUUUUUUUUCCGGAAGGCAAGGGGUUCGUCAUCGUCACCUAAAAAUUAGAGUUUUAAGGGAAUACGAGGAAGCAGUUAAGGAGAAAGAUCUUUCUCGAGCUCUCCGCUACUUGAGAGAAGACUCGUCAAUCGGUAAGUCGGAUUUGUCCCCAAUCGAUAGAGAGUGGCAGGUUUUAGAUACAUGCUUGAAUGCCGAUGAUUUGAGGCUUGUUGGAAGUGCUUAUGCUUUUCUCAAGGACAAAGGUCUCUUGCCUAAUUUCGCCAGAUACAACGCUAUUGUUUUGGAAGGGCCACGCGAUGUCACACCAACUGUCUUAAAGUAUUCAACUGGUUUAGAUGUGACCAAACUUUCGCCAAAGAAGUGGGGUCUUUCUGGAACAUCUAGCUUUCUUUUGGCAACAUCCUUUGCUGGAGUCACGUUUCUGCUGAACCAAGGAAUAGAUAUUAGGCCUAACAUUGCUGCAGUUUUGGGGCUUGCCAUGCUAGAUGCUAUAUUACUUGGUGGUUCCUGCUUAGCACAAAUCUCCAGCUUCUGGCCUCCCUACAAGCGUCGAAUUUGUGUUCAUGAAGCAGGCCAUCUCCUUGUUGCAUACUUAAUGGGUUGUCCAAUCCGUGGUGUAAUUUUAGACCCAAUUGUUGCAAUGCAGAUGGGCAUUCAAGGACAGGCAGGAACACAGUUUUGGGAUGAAAAACUUGAAAAUGAGCUUGCUGUAGGCCAGUUAAGUGGUACCACAUUUGACAGGUACUGCAUGGUUCUAUUUGCUGGGAUUGCAGCUGAAGCUCUUAUUUAUGGAGAGGCUGAAGGUGGAGAAAAUGAUGAAAAUCUCUUCCGAAGCAUCAGUAUUCUUCUGGAACCCCCACUCUCUAUGGCACAGAUGUCAAAUCAAGCAAGGUGGUCGCUGUUGCAAUCUUAUAAUUUGCUGAAAUGGCACAAACAUGCACAUCGAGCUGCUGUAAAAGCUAUUGAGAAUGGAUGCAGUCUGAGCAUGGUCAUUAAAAAAAUUGAGGAAGCCAUGUCUCUGAAAAAAUAAAGCAAUAUUUUGUACUAGAAGAGGUGACAUUUAACCCUUAUUCAUGUGCAAAGGUCAGGAUACUCAUAAAUGAAUGGAACAUUUUUUGGACAAUUAAA